AUGGAUACUUACGUGGUCGUCUUUACUAUUAUCAUUCUUUUUCUUGUCCAGAAUUUCCUUAAUAGAUUCCGAUAUGUUUCCGCGACACCAUCCUCAGUCCCGACAGACGAUCCAACAACAACCAGCUCACGCCCUCGACCUGUUCGCCUGGAUCAAAUCAAUCCUCUUAUCAAUAAAGAUACCAACAUUGAUCUCGAUGUUAUCGCUAUACAUGGCUUCGAUGCGCGUUCGCCAGACACGUGGACUUACAAGUCCACAGCGAACGAGCCAGGGGUCAACUGGCUCGAAAAUCCAGAAAUGCUUCCCGGUGUAGUCGGAUCAGCUCGGAUUUUCACCUGUGACUGGCCAUCCGACUUUUUUGAGAGUUCGGAUUUUGUUCAAAAGACAUUCGACAAAUUUGCUGAAGGCUUGCUUGAUGGCAUCGAAUCUCGUCCACCAGCAAAAGGUUGCACUCAAGCCGAAGGACCGCCGAUUCUCUUCAUCGCCUCAUGUCUCGGUGGUGUCAUGCUCAUGAAGGCACUUGUCGAAGAAGGGAUGAAAUGUAACGAUUCUCCGACCCUGAAAGCGACACGUGGAAUCGUUUUUCUUGCGACGCCAUUUCGAGGGACAGCUUUCGCCGAUGUCGCGCACUGGGCCGAACCGAGUCUUCGAAUAUGGGCCUCCUUGCGAGCUCAAGCAGUCUCCAAUCUUCUCGGCCAAAUAAAAGAGGGCUCCGAACUUACAAAGCUGGUGGGAGAUUUCACAAGGCUUUGUCAAAGAGACGGCCCAUUUAUGGCAACAUUUUUUGAGAAUGAAAAAAGUCGAUUGCUCCGUAGAGUUGGUUCAUUUCGAUUUUCAAUUUUCAAAGAAAAGAAACUGUUGGUCCCCGAGAGUUCUGCGACUCUGGAUAUCGUGCGCAACCGAAAGCCUCUGAACCGGACUCAUGGUAAAAUGAACAAUUUUCGUGGUCCUGGCGAUGAUGACUACAAAAUUGUUGCCGAAAGUAUCAAAGAAAUGGCCAAAUCCAUCCGCGAAGGGCGACUACUACACCGGGCAUACGAAUACAUCAAUAAAAGACAUUAUAACGACAACAGACUCAAAAUUGUUCGUAUUUCGGAUGAUGAGUUAAGCAUGAGCGAGUGCUAUGUUAAUCUCGCCAUCACGUAUCAGCCAUCCAGGAACAAUGGAUCAGAGUCGAAGGACCCGACAUCUUCGUCACAAUCUUCACUAUUCAGACGACUCAAUGUCGAGAGUCCCAACAAGAAUUCGGAGGUUGAGUUGUUGAAACUCUUUGAUCGUCGAAAAGACCAUGCUGGUCGUGAAGUUGGCCCCAGAAAAAUUCUGAUACGAGGACAAGCCGGCGUCGGAAAAACCACUUUGUGCAAAAAGAUGGUGUACGAAUUCUCAAGAAAUGAAAUGUGGAACAACACUUUUGAUCGUAUUCUAUGGAUACCCUUACGAAAUCUGAAGUUACUGGAACAUCACAAUUUGGAAGCGUUGUUUCUCCGAGAAUUCUUCUCCCGAGAAACACUGGAUAAGGGAAGAAUGUUCGCAACAGAACUUCAUUCUCAAGUAUCAAAUGGCAAAGAUGAGAAAACUCUGUUUAUUCUUGAUGGCCUGGACGAAGUUUACGAUGCUCUAGAACGAGGCCACUGGCUUCACGAUAUCCUGGAAGAGCUUUUGACCAUGCCGGCUUCUAUCGUCACUUCCCGACCACGUGUUAGUCUCCCGGGUGAUCUUAGCAAAGGAUUCGAUCUAGAGCUCGAGACUAUUGGUUUCUAUCGGGAGCAAGUAGACUCCUACAUCGAAAAAGUAUUCACACAUUCAAAGGUGAAAGGAACGAAGUGGGACAGAGUCGACGGCCUUCGAUCUGUACUACGCCAGCAUAAGCUCCUGCAGCAGCUUGUACGAAUACCCAUUCAGCUAGAUGCACUCUGCUUCAUAUGGGAUGAUGAUCACAGAAGCCUGCAAAGCAACUUCAAACUCGAGACUAUGACCAACAUCUAUCAGGCCAUUAUGAAAAUUCUAUGGAAGAAAGAUCUUCUUCGCUUGGGCCAGUUCGGCAAGGAACUCACACGAAGAGAUGUUCAAAACUAUCCCUUAGACAAGCUAGAAAUCUUCUUUCAAGACGAGGUCGCUUGCCUGGAGAUACUAGCCUUCAAAGGAAUGGUUGAUGACAGUAUCGUUUUUACGGAAAGUCAAAUUCUGGCCAUGCCCACCCUGAAACCCCUCAAGGCUGGCAAGCUAGAGGGUCUUUCCAUCUUACGUACCCAUGAAUUGUUGAUUCCGGACCCGACUUAUCACUUUAUACAUCUGACAUUCCAAGAAUACUUUGCAGCACGAUAUUUCGUCAGGCAAUGGAUAUCCGGUGACACUUUGAAACGUGGUAAGCACGAGCUAUCGAGUUCUGCUUCCAACUUCAUCAAAGAAUACAAAUAUGACGAUCGUUAUAAUGUUUUCUGGCGUUUUGUCACAGGUCUACUGAGCCUAAAAGAUCAUGGCUUGGAAGAAUUCUUUCCAACGCUUGAAACAGAGCCAAUCGACAUGAUCGGUGUAGUCCAUCAGCGACUUCUCAUGCAUUGUUGGAACGAGGUAUCUCCUGACGACACCAAAUUCCUCGCCGAACGUCAAAACUUUGAAGACAGACUCUACCGAGCAGCAAUGGAACAAUUCAAGCUCACAGAUUCUGUGAGCGUUAUAGAGGAAGUCGAAUUUCCCGAAAAGCCUCUGUUGAGAGUACUCAGAUCGUUUUCAGAUGAAUUGAGACGUACCGUUCUAAGAUCAAUCAUGUUCCGUGGGAUGGUUCCUGUCACAGCACUGCGUUUGAUAUAUUCUUCGCUCCGAGAUGAUCUUGACUGUCUUGAGAGAACCGGUUUACUAUUCUCCAUACGUUUGGCGCAGUCGACUAUUUUGAAUGAUGAGAUUCUCGGAAUUAUCAAAGAGCAAAUCAGUUACGGUAAUACAGUCCAAGUUAUGGCUAUCGCAGUGUUAGUAGAUUUUCUCAUGUCUGGCGACAAAACGUCUAUCCUGGAGAAACUCAAACAACAAGUCACUUCUCUGGAAUCAGAAUCAGAAUUGGUCCGAGCGCAGUUUUUCCUAGCAAUGCGGUCGCACCGUCGUCGACAGGAACCUCAAACUAUUGAAUUUCUUGUUUCUCAACUACAAGGCACAUUGAAAGCACAUGCGAGUCAAGAUGAAACAAAUCUAGAUCUACAAGAAAACACUUCCAGCAUUUUCACGGGGUGGGGAAUGUAUCCAGAAGCAUCGUCGAUCAUAACGUUACUUGGAGGACAGCCAAGCCUACCGACGGAUGUCCUAGCCAUCAUCUCAACGCAGCUUCAGAAUCAGGACGCGCAAGUUCGACGUGCAGCAGUCAGAUCAGUCAAAGCACACUGCCCCAAUGAAUUCAUCCUCAAAACAAUCACGCCAUGGCUAGACGGUCCACAGCUGCACACUCGGGAAGCAGUGCUUGAAGUGCUUGGGUCUUGGCAUCCCCUGCCCUCCGAAGUCAAGAAAUUCAUCAUAGCGCAGCUGAUGCACUCAGAUGCAAUGAUUCGAAGGGCAGUUAUAAGACCGCUGCAGAAGUGGCCCAAUAUUGACGCAGAAAUUUUCCAAGCUGUCGGGGCAAAUCUUACAGAUAACGACUCGAUCACGCGGAAAGAAGCUAUUACUCUUCUUGGAGCUCAGUAUCUAUUUCGAGAUGAGGACAUUGAUCUCUUCAAAUCCAUUCUAUGGUAUGAUCAGGAUCUUUCCGUCCGUCAAGAAGCCUUAAGAGUACUAUGGAGCCGCCUAGAUUUCAACGACAUCGGCUUUGAUCUAAUAUCAGAAUGUCUCCAGCAUCCUGGGCUCUGCAGUCAUGCUCUCGACGAAUGGCAGAGACGACCUGAGCUAUGUCGUAAUGCUUGCCCGGAGAUCAUGCAAUUGCUGCUCGGGUCAUGCUUGAAAAGCAGCAAUUGGGAGAACAGAGCAAAGACAUAUGAAAUCCUCACAAUACUGCACCCAAGUGAUGGCACUUAUGAUUCUCUUUUUGAUGUCAUUAUGAAUGGGUUGAAAGAUCCAGUGCCCUCUGUGCGGGAAGCUGUCGCCAGGGCAUUGAAUAAUUGGUCUUCAACAGAGGUUCGUUAUUUGCAAAUAAUCAUUGAUCAUCUGCAAAGCGUCCUCUUUGAAAAGAAUGCAGGAGAAAAAUAUCACGGAUAUCUUCUCAGAGCUCUGGAAAAUUUUCCUCGGCCCACUGACGACGCUUACCUUGUCCUCUCUCGAACAUUAGCAUAUCCCUGGCACCAUGUAUGCUCCGCAGCUGUGGCAACCUUGCAAAAGUGGCCUCAGCCUCGAAAAGCUGUUAUUGAAAAUAUUGUCCUGUACUUGCAAGCCUCUGACACGAAAUGUGUAAGCAAAGCUCUUGAGGUACUUGGAGAAUGGUCUCAGUUGGACCCCGACAAUCUUCGGGCUAUUGCAAAGAAGUUACAGGACAAGGAGAGGCAACUACAACUAGCAGCCUUCAAUGCAGUAGUGAAGCAGCAAGUCCUCAAUCUCAAUGUAAUUAUGCCCUAUAUGGAAUCGUUAUUUCGAAUUUCUUUGCGCAACAGCCACACUCGGCGUGUUUGCUGGCUAACGGAAGGCGAGAAAAACACGGUUUUGAUUGGAUCAAGAGCACUUCGCUGGCAGAAUGAACAGGGAAGAGUAGAUACCUGGUUUUUGUUGGAACCUGGCAUCAUUCGGAGGUGGCGCGAGAGUUGUACAGAUGGUUAG